AUGUCGAACUUUCUCGUUACUGGCAGUUCCCGCGGCUUAGGCUUAGAGUUAGUGAGGCAGCUAUCUGCCCGAGCCUGCCUCGAAGGAGGGUUGGUUAUUGCAACGGCGCGGAAAUGCAGCCCGAAACUUACAGAACUUAUCGCUCAGUCCAAUGGGUGCAUUGUCUUUGUUGCUUUGGAUAUUUCUGAGGAGUCAAUGAUCGCUGAAUCAGCCGAGCAAGUCAGAUCAGCGUUAAACGAAAACAGUCUGGACAUGUUGAUUAAUUGCGCUGGAGUUCAUAGUGAGACACAUGGAAAACUAGCGUCAAUGUCCGACCUCGACUACCAGUUGUCAGUGAAUGUAACUGGAACACACAACGUCCUUCGCCACUAUCUUCCCUUGAUGCAGAACAGCAAGGUCAAGAAGAUCAUCAAUAUUUCGAGUGCAUAUGGCUCGAUUACCAGUGCGCGCGAAGUAUCAUACGCUCCUUGCCCGGCAUACAAGAUCAGCAAAGCAGCACUGAACGCCUUAACGGUCCAAUACGCGCUGUCAUACCAAGAUGAAGGAUUUAUUUUCCUCGCAGUCAGCCCUGGAUGGCUGCAAAGUGACAUGGGUGGGAAGCAUGCCGACCUGACCGUGCCUCAAGGUGCAGAGGCGGUCUUAAACAUCGCUAUGUCCGCAGACCGUGUGGACAAUGGCCGGUUCAAAAAUAUUCAUGUCCCAGGGUGGGAGGCCUAUAAAGGCCAGGACGUCCCCUGGUAG